AUGGGUAUUGUUGAGGAAUUUAGGUCUCGGAACUUUUCUAUAUAUGCUCAAUGGGCAGGACUUCUUUCCAUACUAUUGUUGGUUCUCUUUGGCAUUCUGGCGUUUACUACUUUCAGUGUUGCCACUGUUUUUGCAGUGAUUGCAUGGGUGAUUGCGUUUAUUCUCGUGUUUGUAGAAGUUCCAAUAUUUCUAAAGAUUUGCCCAACGAGUUCAAGAUUUGAUUCAUUUAUUAAGAAAUUUAAGAAUCAUUACGUUCGUGCCGUUGGAUAUCUUGUAUGUGCUACUAUAUUGUGGCUAUUUCUCAUCAGAACGUUUGUUCUCAUCGCCCCAGCCAUUACUUUGACGGCUGCUGGAAUAUUUUACGGCAUUGCUGCAGUAACUCAUCAACCACACGCUUCGAGUUCAAUCACUGGUGGCACUGGCGUCAGUG